AUGUUAAAAAACUCAGAAAAUUAGUUAAAGAAAUUAUUGCUCAUGGGUUAAUAGAAGGCAGGAAAAUCUUCAAUGCAUAAGGUUAUCUUCGCAUGUGCUCCUCCAAAAGAUUUAAUAUCAAUUGGAGUCACAACAAAUGUUUCUUAAAUUUAAGUAAGAUUUAUGGGAAAUCUUCGUAUAGAUUUGCUUGAUAUACCAGGUUAGGUAAGAAUUUUAUAAUAUUUAAGCCUAAAUUAUUGAAAGAAUAUUUGACUGAUUUUAAAGACACUAUUUUUUGUAAUGUUGAGGUUCUUGUAUAUUUAUUUGAUGUUGAGAUGGAAGGGGAAUAAUUUAAUUCUGAAAUGAUUACAUUUAGAUCUACACUAUCUAAUUUAUCAUAAUAUUCACCAGGAUCAAAAGUUUUUGUUUUAAUAAAUAAAUUUGAUAAAAUUAAGGAAACAGAAAGAAAAAUGGUAUUUGAAGUAACUAUAUAAAAAUAAUAUACAAGCGUAAAUACAAAAAGAUAAUAUAAGAAGCUGAAGGAUUUAAUAUAGAGGUGAAAGAUGUAUUUGCAACUUGUAUUUGGGAUGAAACACUAUAUAAAGCAUGGUCUUAGAUAGUUUAGAAUUUAUUACCUGAUAGAGAUAUAAUUCAUAAUAGUUUAAAAUCCUUUUGUCAUUAAUGUAAUUGUGAUGAAGUUGUAUUAUUUGAAAAAUAAAGUUAUCUUGUGAUUGAUUUUGUAGAUGUUAAUGAAAAGAAAGGUAUAACUAUUAGAAUUAUGUUAGAUAUUUUAAAAUAUGAGAGAAUAUCUAAUAUUAUAAAAUAGUUUAAAUUGUCUUGUAAAAUGGCUUCAAUUGAUAUUAAAAAAAUUAUGGUAAAAUCAUAAAAAUUUCAUGUACAAAUUGAAGAAUUUACUGAAAAUACUUUUAUACUUCUUCUAUUUACUGAUGAAAAAGUAUAUCCUGCUGCAAUCGAAUAUAAUAUUUAAUAUGUAAUUUUUGUUUAUGAUUGUUUAAUAGGCAUAGAAAUUAUUUAAAAGCAUAAAUGGUUCAGAAACUGAUAAAUUAAAGUUGUUGCUUUGA